AUGGAUUGGUCGUUGGACAAACGGCACAUCGUCAGCUCGUCCCAAGAUGGGAAAGUUAUCGUUUGGGAUGGAUUCACCACGAAUAAGGAACAUGCGUUGACGAUGCCCACCACAUGGGUGAUGGCCUGUGCAUAUUCGCCUAGUAGUCAACUUAUUGCUUGCGGGUAUGUACGAAUUGAAGUUUUUUGAAC